AUUUUCUCUUCUUGAUACAAACCAACGACAACGCGAAGAUCGUAACGAUACAAAGCACUCGCUCUUCCUCCCGCAAGAUAUCCUAACCGUUCUUCCGUCUUCUUCUCGACUGCCCAACAUGGCGAGCGGCGACGCUACUCUCUUCGAAGAAUCGUUCACCGUGACUGAGUAUGAUCAGUCCAAGUACGACCGUGUCGCCCGCAUUUCGUGCACUUCAAGCGACUCUCAGACUGUUAUGACUCUAGAUAUCAACAUCGAGCUCUUUCCCUGUGCUGUUUCCGACACUCUGCACGUAGUUCUGUCUACUACUCUCUCUCUGGACGGAAGCAAGGAGGACGAGAAGGGCUGGCGAGACGUUGGCAAGGGUGGUGAUGCGCCAGCGACAGCUGCCGACCUUUAUGACUACGUGUGCCAUGGAAAGAUCUACAAGUUCGAGGAGACAUUCGAUGGAAAUACCAUCAAUGCCUACUGCUCUUUCGGCGGUCUUCUUAUGUCGCUUCAAGGCCCUAUCAAGAAACUGACUCCCCUCCGUGUCGACAACGUCUAUCUACUCGUCAAGAAAUAAUCAGAAGCGCCUAAACUUGUCCAUUCAUCUAGACUAUAGCUCUUCGCCACCACUAUGGGCUUUUGUGUUACCACUAGCUCUAGGCCACAUU